AUGUCCACUCGAGUCUACGUAGGCAAACUUUCCCCCGAUGUCCGUCGUGCUGACAUCGAAGACCUCUUCCGCGACUAUGGCCGCCUCUACGAUGUUCGCAUCAUGGGCACGUUUGGCUUUGUCGAGUUCGAGCACCCCCGUGACGCUGAAGAUGCCAUCAAGGACUUUGAUGGCAAAAACUUUAUGGGCGAGCGAAUCAUAGUUCAGCAAGCAAAGAGCGCAGAGCGUCGUCGUGAGCCUGCUGGCUAUGCCUCCGACCCCUACGAUCGUCGAGCCGGCGGUGGUAGCAGCUACGGUAGGGACGCUCCCUCCUCCCGCUACGGCGCUCCUCCUGCGCCUCGACGUGAGCCGAGGGUCCGCCGCGGCCAAUUCCGUUGCAUCGUUUCCAACCUGCCUCCCAACACGAGCUGGCAGGAUCUCAAGGACAUCGGCCGUGAGCACGGUGCCGUCUCGUUCGCCGACGUCGACGCUUCCCGUCCCGAAGAGGGCGUCAUUGAGUACGACAACCGUGACGACUACGAGCGUGCCCUCGACAAGAUCGAAGGCAUCGAGCUCCGUGGCUACAAGCUCCGCAUUGACCCUGCUCGUCCAUCUCGCGAUGAUCGCGAGCGCAGCCCUCCUCCUCGUCGUCGCGAUGACAGCCCCCCUCCUCGUCGACGUGAUGACAGCCAUGAGCCCCGCGACCGCCAAGACAGUCGCGAGCCUGUCCCCGAGCGCAACGGCCGCUAUGACAGCCGAAGCCCCGUUCCUCAUCGUGACGAUGACGACGUCCCUCGUCCUCGUGACAACUGA